CCUCUGUUUCUCCCUCGGAAAUUAUCUUUCUUCCUAGCAAUGGCUUCAAAAGAAUUAAAAUUAACCUUAGAGGAUGAAAAUAUGGUUUUCAUAGGCGGCUUGAAAACCCUUCUGCCACAUGCUGUCAGGAGUCUAAUUCGAACAAAUAAACUCAGCAUUAGCAAUACUUCUGGAAUGGCAGAAGGAUUUAAACAGGCAAACGUUGUGAUUCUUCACAAAUCUCUUGCGGAUGACUUUGAAAAAUUUUGCCAAGCAAAUGAUGGGCCACUUCCACUGCUGUAUAGAAGUAAACCAGGGGAAUGGAAAUGCCCGUCCCUGAGCAGCGAUGCUGAUAUUAGAACUGACUGUCUGCAGUACAAGAAAUACGAGAAUGGAUCAUGUACAGGCACUCUGACAAGUCUGAAGGAAUUUUCUGAGCAGCUUAAAGACAUGGUGACCUUCUACCUGGGCUGUAGCUUCACAUUUGAAAAGGCGCUCCAGAAAGUUGGCAUUCCUGUAAGAAAUGUCGAACAGAAAUGUAAUGUUAGCAUGUACAAGACUGCUGUGCCUUGUUGGGAUACAGAACAUUUUCACUGUGACCUAGUAGCAACCAUGAGACCUAUUCCUAAAGACAAAUUGGAAGCAGUUGUGCAAACUACCUAUCCAAUGAAAAAGUCGCAUGGAGCACCAAUUCACAUUGGUAACCCUGGUUUGUUAGGAAUCCAAGAUCUUUCCAAUCCAGACUAUGGCGACGCAGUACAGGCUGAACCUGGGGAUAUUCCAGUCUUUUGGGCCUGUGGGGUUACAGGUGCAGAAGCUGUCAGCAACUGCAAGUCUCCGCUUGCUUUUACCCAUGCUCCUGGGUGCAUGUUUAUUACUGACCUGAAAGUUGAGAAUGGUGCAGCAGGUGAUGGUAAAGAUGUCCCUGAAGUCUAUCGUAUUUGUCAGAAUCCUUUGCAUUACAGCAUCACGUCAGCAGCAGCUGUGCAAAAAAUCAGAUGUCUGGAAGACAUGGUAGGAGUAGACCCAGGGGACAGAGGUGUGACUCAUCUGCUUACUCAAGAUGAACUCCUGAAGGCAUGUCUGUCCAUUUCCCAUGCCCAGUCUGUGCUGAUUACUACUGGAUUCCCUACCCACUUCAAGUAUGAGCCGCCUGAAGAGAACGAUGGGCCUCCAGGGGCUAUUGCAAUGGCAGCUAUGUUGAAGGCCUUGGGGAAGACUGUAGCUAUCGUAACUGAUCAAAGAGCUCUGAAUCUGAAUGAAAAGAUCAUCAAGGAAGCCGUUGAACAAGGGAUACUGGAGACACCGGUCCCUAUAAUUAGCUAUCAUCAUGAUUCUGUGGAUUCAGCUUUGCUGUUUUUGUGUGAAGAUGGAAAUCCAGAAAAGCCUAGAUUUAAUCACCUGAUAGCAAUUGAACGUACUGGGAUGGCUGCUGAUGGCAAUUAUUAUAAUGCAAGAAAAAUUAAUAUUAAGCAUUUAGUGGAUCCCAUUGAUGAACUCUUUCUAGCUGCACAAAAUAUCCCAGGAAUUACUACAACAGGCAUUGGGGAUGGAGGAAAUGAACUGGGAAUGGGGAAAGUGAAAGAAGCUGUAAAGAAGUACAUUAAAAAUGGAGAUGUUAUAGCUUGUAACGUGGACGCUGAUUUUACAGUUGUUGCAGGGGUUUCCAACUGGGGAGGCUAUGCUGUCGCUUGCGCCCUGUAUAUCCUCAACACCUGUGAAAUACAUGACCGCUAUCUGAGGAAAGCUGUGGGAUUUCCUAGGUCAUCUGCCAAAAUGAAAUGGUCAUCAGCACUUCCAUCUGUGGCCAAGGAAGAAAGGUUGCUGAAGAUAUUACAGCGACUCGAAGUACGCAGUGGGAAAACUGCUAGUCUGGCAAUGGAAGUAGACGGGCUGCCAUUCUAUGACAUUCAUUCAGCUAUGCUUGAGAAGCUGCUGGAGGAAACUCUGAAGUAACUCUACCCAACAAGAUGUUGAUUUUUAUUUUAUUUUUAAUAGUG